AGAUUAGGGCAAGGGAACCCUCUGGAGGAAGGUCUGCUGAUGAUGAGCAACUUGCUCAGGUCAUCCUAACUUCGAUCAGGUCAUCCUAACUUCGAUCAGGUCAUCAUAGAGGAACCUCACCUAUAGCAAAGAAACACCUUCCAUCAGCAGGUGUCAAACUGUCUGCUGGGGACAUCAGUGGGCAAAAAAAUACAAUAAAAAAAAAAGAGAUUUUUUUUCUCAUUUGUCUUUCAUUUGGAAUUUAACUUUUGGAGAAUGUUAGUUGUAUGUUGUUGUUUUUUGUUGUUGUUGCCUUAUCGAGCUGUGUAAAGACACGUAGAUAGAUGUACAACUUGAAUACUUGUGUUUUUUUGAAGUGAAUAUGUAUUGACCAUUUUCAUUGUAUAUUGUUCAGUACCAAACACUUGUCUUUCAACAUGCUGGGUGUGAUUUUUCAUCACUGGCCAUUUUAAUUCCAUACUUUAGUAGGCCUAGCUAGUAUCUAUUGACUGCAUUGUACAUUUGACUGUGUUUACAACUAAACAAGUGCUUACGUUGCACAUGGCUUUUUGUUGUAUUUGUUUUGACUUUACCUGCCUCCACACAUAUGAACUUCUUUCAUCAAAUGUCAGCGCUUGUUUUAAAAUAUAACCCAGGCGAGUCUGUAGUUACACCAAUUAAAACAAACCAUGCACACAAGAGGAUACUUUUAUAACAUGGCGCACUCAUGUAAUUAUUCAUCGGAUUCAAAUUUAAUAGAAGGAUUUAGAACUUUUUGGAAUAGAUGAAGGUAUAAUGAGAGAGAGAAAAAAAAAGUGCCUUAAAGAGAAAAGGGAUUAUUUGGGUGGAUAUAAAAAAAGAGUGUGUAGGGGACUAUUUGGAACGAGGAAUGGUUUCACGCUCAACCUUCAGCUGCAUCACGUCUUCUGUAAGUUGGUUGUUCGGGGUGCAAGCCACUCGCUAGUGUUUAUGUGAGGAAAAGGAAAACUACCAUAAACGCACAUGGUAAAUCGACAUAGAUGUUGUUUUUUUAAUUUUUUUAAAUGCAUUGUGCAUGUUUAUUUGCAAAACAACAUUUAUACUGAGAAGUGGUUAUUGUAUGUUGUAAGUUAUACUUGUUUAAGAUUUGUAUGUGUGAUUGCUUGAUUUCUAAUGCAAUACAGAUAAGAAUAGAAAUUGAUACCUGGGUUUGAUACCAAACUAGUAAAUCAGCAUAUUCUACCAUGUCACUUGUGCUGUAAAUACUAAUGAAGAAUGUGUAUAAAAGCCCCGCUGCUUUUUUGCUGUGUGGUAUAUUCCCUUUUUUUUUGGUUCUCCUUUAACUUUCAGUACAUGUCAUUAAAACCUUUUGAGUAACUGCAACUGAAGAAGUGUUACUGCUUGUUCUUUACCAAUGCAGGAAAUCAUUUGUUGGCUGAGUUGAUCGUAGUUAGUUUUUUUGUGUGUUUUGAAGGAGUUUGAUUCCGUCUCUGAAAGACAAUGGAGUGCCGUUGGUAAUGUACCUUAUUGUUAUCAAUAAAGUUAACUCUUUUUAAUUUUUUUUACAAUUGAUUGGUAUUUUUAUUGAAUGUAUGUUUUCCAUCAAGUUUUAAACAUCGGCGUUGUUGUCCAUAGUAGAAUUCAUUUGUAUAUCUUGAAGAUUGACUAACGGUUCUUGAAUGCAUCUGCAUGUAGUACUAUGCCCUUAGUUCCAGGGGUUGGACUACUGCAGACUCUAUAGAGUAGUUGUUGAAGGUCCUGCUUAAACUCUGCAAGUUUUCAUUUUAGUUGAAUGACCAGUGACACAUGACCGAGAACUCAAACAGAGAGACUGAUUUUUGCUCUUGGUCUAAAAAACGGCAGAUUUAUUUGUGUAUCUACCAGCUUGAGGUUACACCCCCUGGCUUUAGAUAUAACCUCUCAUAGUACAUUUACAACUAAUACUACUAAACUUUGAAAUAGCUGUAAAAUGUGUUUUACUUUGUAUUGAUCAUUCUGUAUCUAUUGUUUGCGGGACAGUUACUACUGCUGGACUCGCUGGACUGUCGGACUGCAGUAUCAACAUAUUGGAGUUUCAUUUUAGGGGAAACUAGUGCAUUUUCUGCCAAGUCCUCUCUGCCAGUGGUGCGGGACCUGAUCGAUCACUUUGACACUUCUAUUACCAUCUAUCACUUUUACCUCUGCCUUCAGUUGUUGUUCGUUUAGAGGAGUCGCUGUCACACACCAUGCCAGCGAACCAGGCCUUUGUCACCCUGGCCACCACAGACAGCUACUGCAUGGGGGCUCUGGUGGUAGGACAGUGUUUACGACGACACAGGACCACACGCCAGACUGUUGUGAUGGUCUCCACUAAUGUCUCUAGCCAGGCACGGGCUGCCCUGGGCCAUGUGUUUGACCAGGUCCUGGUAGUGGAUGUGCUGGACAGUGGAGACCAAGCACAUCUAUCCUGGCUGGGACGACCAGAACUGGGGAUCACUUUCACCAAGCUCCACUGUUGGACCCUCACCCAAUACAGCAAAUGUGUGUUCCUGGAUGCAGACACACUCGUGAGUGUGCUGUGUAACGUGGACGAGCUGUUUGAGCGUGAGGAGCUGUCUGCGGCCCCUGACCCUGGCUGGCCGGACUGUUUUAACUCAGGCGUGUUUGUGUUCCGGCCCUCUCUGAUCACCCACGGCAGGUUGUUGGAGCAUGCACGACAACACGGCAGCUUCGACGGUGGGGACCAGGGCCUCUUGAACACAUUUUUCAGUGACUGGGCUGUUAGAGAUAUCAGUAAACACCUGCCUUUUGUGUACAACCUCAGUGCCAUCGCAGUCUACACCUAUUUGCCUGCUUAUCAAGAAUAUGGUCACAAUGCUAAGAUUGUCCACUUCCUGGGUUCGGUCAAGCCAUGGAAUCUACGUUCUAACUCACAGACCAAUCAGCACACCAACAGCCACCUGGAAGAGUUUGUUUACCAGUGGUGGAUGGAGUACUCCUACUUACAUCACCUUAUAAAGACAAUGUCCCAUCGAGAACCUGCUGUGCCAAGCCAACAUGCUGGGCCAAAGCAACAUAGCCAGGAAAGAGAAGAAGAGAAGACAAAGGCGAGAGAAGAAGAGAAGCCAAAGGGGAGAGAAGAAGAGAAGCAAAAGGGGAGAGAAGAAGCGAAGCCAAAGGGGAGAGAAGAAGAGAAGCCAAAGGGGAGAGAAGAAGAGAAGCCAAAGGGGAGAGAAGAAGCGAAGCCAAAGGGGAGAGAAGAAGCGAAGCCAAAGGGGAGAGAAGAAGAGAAGCCAAAAGGGAGAGAAGAAGAGAAGCCAAAGGGGAGAGAAGAAGAGAAGCCAAAGGGGAGAGAAGAAGAGAAGCCAAAGGCGAGAGAAGAAGAGAAGCCAAAGGCGAGAGAAGAAGAUAAGCCAAAGGGGAGAGAAGAAGAGAAACCAAAGGCGGGAGAAGAAGCAAAGCCAAAGGGGAGAGAAGAAGAGAAGCCAAAGGGGAGAGAAGAAGAAAAGCCAAAGGGGAGAGAAGAAGAGAAGCCAAAGGGGAGAGAAGAAGAGAAGCCAAAGGGGAGAGAAGAAGAGAAGCCAAAGGGGAGAGAAGAAGCGAAGCCAAAGGGGAGAGAAGAAGAGAAGCCAAAGGCGGGAGAAGAAGCGAAGCCAAAGGGGAGAGAAGAAGAGAAGCCAAAGGGGAGAGAAGAAGAGAAGCCAAAGGGGAGAGAAGAAGAGAAGCCAAAGGGGAGAGAAGAAGAGAAGCCAAAGGCGAGAGGAGAGAAGCCAAAGGCGAGAGAAGAGAAGCCAAAGGCGAGAGAAGAAGAGAAGACAAAGGCGAGAGAAGAAGAGAAGCCAACGGCGAGAGAAGAAGAUAAGCCAAAGGGGAGAGAAGCAACAGUGUCGUUGAUAGAGGACCUCACAGAAUCAUUACUCCGAAAAGUCAAUCUGCUCACAGAGGAGAGGAAGAAGAGGCUUGAUUCACCCACGCAGCCAGGAGAAAUGCGUACCCAACGUCAGGGUGUAUCCACGGGGAAGGAGGGAGGAGCUGGAGACAGAACAGCCAACCAGGACCCACCUGGACCCAGUGAGGAAGGGUCAGAGGUCACUGAAACAGCCUUCAACCCCAUGGAGGAUCCUGCCACUGAACCUACUGCUGCCAAGACAGAGGAGGAUGAUCUGGAGCAGCGGAGGCUGUGGGAGGAGGGCCAGGCGGACUACCUGGGCAAAGACGCCUUCCACAACAUCCAGAAAAAACUGGACCGAUUCUUAUAUUUGUAGCUUGUUUCGUGUGGCAAGAUACUGUAGCAAUAGUACUGUAUUACUCAUGUUCAUGUUGAAGUGUGUUAUGUCUCUAGCGUAGACCACCACUCUAAUAGGGGUUUCUGUGUCCCUUUGCUGUAAAAAAAAAUAUAUAUAUAUAAACUUGAUUCCAAUUUCAUUAAAAAAAUGUGCUCAUAGAA